AUGGCCGACCACACUGGCAGUAGCCAGGUGGCCGGCCCGUCCAACCGAGCUGACCCGGUACCGCCACUAGACCGCGACCCGUCGGAUAGCGACUCUGUGUCCGAUUGUGGCAGUACCGUGGGUAAUAUAGCUCGGCGACGUCAGCCCACGCUCGAAGGCCGCACGCUCGCCGUGUGGUUCCCGCUACCUGCUACAGUGGAAUGUCCGUACGAUGACUGCCAUGCUCGUUUUCGGGUGAAGGUGUGGACUAGCGCCAAGCAGUCUAUCGUGCGGCACAUUCGUGACCUCCACACAGAAGCGGAAUCCACGGUGGUGCGUUGUGUGGGGUGUGGGAUCGUGUUGGGAGUCCGGCCGGGCGGCCACAAGUGCCCGGUAGCAAUCGAGGAGGCCGAGGAUGUGGUCGAAAGGUACGCUUGCUCGGUGGACGGAUGUAGCGAGUCGUUCCCCAGCAAGCAGGGCCUUACAAACCACCUCCGCAACCACAAACGCGUCCUGGCUCUGGCCGCAGCUGCGGUCCCAUUCCCGGUCCCUGUGACCCGGCAACGCAGACGAGCCAUGCUUGACCCCCUCCCCGUGCGCGGCGGCGAUGCCCGUAUCCCGGCGGCGACGGACACGGUGGAAGACGUGCCAAGGACACCGGCUGGUAACAGACCGCCGGACACAGGCGGCACGUCUCCCCCACCACCUUCCCCAGGCGCUGAACCAAGGACACCGGUCGGUAACAGACCACCGGACACAGGCGGUUCAGCCCUUUUACCUCACCCCGUGACAGGCAGUGCGCCAAGGACACCGGCUGGUACCAGACCGCCGGACACAGGCGGCGCACCCCUGUCCCCCGCUCCCAUCACUGUUAUACCGGCUAUUCCGGUGCGCCUGUCGCCAUUACGCCGUGAAUUACCGCGGAACGAGGCGUACAACAUUGUUGUGGCGAGCCCAGAUCUGUGGCGACCACGUGACCUCUCGCCGGCCGCCAGUAGUAGCUCCAGAUCCAGCGGUAUGGCAGACGGUGACGGUGAUCAGCUGGGAGAUCCCAUGCCGGAUCAGGAUGACGGGGCAGUCGACAGAGAUGAUGUGCAGAUCCUCCAGCCCGAUGGCACCACACCGCUGCACGCGUUCCUUGUGAAGUUCUUGGAACUAGCAAAGGUCCCGUGUUCAGAGGAGGUAUGGAUGAGGUUUGUGGCUCUGGUCGAUGAGAUGACAGCCGAAGCUGCCGUCAUAGCAAAGCUGCCCGUCAGGUCGGAGGGUCGAGCUUCCGGCAACAAGACUGCGAUCGACCCGUCCGAUGCCAAGGUGAUCCAGUCUCUGUACAAACGGAACAGGCGGCGAGCAGUACGGCUGAUCGUCUCGGGUGAGGGACAGCCCUGCGAAGUAGCGGUACCAGAGGUCGAGGAGCACUUCCGCAGGGUGUGGGCUCCGUCGGUAUGCGACCCCAGUGUAUACGAGCCAGUGGAGGGCCGUAACCCGGUACCAAUGGGUCCGUUCCAGUGCGCUGAUGUCUCCAAACGCCUUGGGAAAUUUGAGAACACCGCCCCCGGAGACGACGGACUCACGUACCGGCACUGGAAGCGCCUCGACCCGGAGUGCACGGUGCUGACGGAGAUCCUCAACCUUUGCCUCCGGUAUGGAAGGAUCCCUCCAGCCUGGAAAAAAGCGGUAACCAUUCUUAUAUACAAGAAAGGUGACAGGGGGGACCUGGGUAACUGGCGCCCCAUAUCGUUGAGCCGCACUUUGUACAAGCUAUACGUGGGCUGUAUUGCUAGCCGACUGACAGAGUGCCAAACGUCAAACAAAGUGCUUAGCCCAUGCCAGAAGGGCUUUCUGCCGGCGGAUGGUGCGUUGGAGCACGUCCACACCCUUAACCGGGUGCUCGAGAAGGCCAGGACCAGUAAGUCCGACAAGUGCGUGGCCUGGUUGGACGUCUCAAACGCUUUUGGUGCCAUCCCCCACGCUGCCCUGGACAUGGCUAUCGGCUGCAGUGGCGCCGGCGAUGACCUCAGAAGGAUCGUCCGCGACAUUUACGACGGGGCAUCCUCCUCGGUCAUUGUUGCCGGUGGCCUCACUGGUGAUAUUGAGGUGCGGUCCGGCAUUCGGCAGGGGUGUCCACUCAGUGGUCUACUUUUUAUAAUGGCCAUUGACCCGGUGGUGAGACGGUUACAGGGCGAUGAGUCCGGCCACCGCGUCUUGGCAUUUGCAGACGACCUUUGCCUGAUUGCGGACCGUCCCGAGGAUCUCCAGCAGUCGAUAUUUGCUGCUAGGGACGGCUUGAGUCGGUUGGGGCUCAAGCUUAACGCCUCGAAGUGCGCGUCCCUCCAUUUGUCCGGGCGCAGGCCCGUCGGCGCCCGCAGUACAGUAUUUUCAUUAGAUGGCACCGACAUGCGUCCGUUGCUGGAGGGUGAGGCGACCACGUUCCUGGGGGCCCAAGUCGGGUUCAACGUUGUCCCCCCGCUGUCCACAUUGGCGGAAAUCACCGAGAUUGGGCUCAAGAUAGCAAGGAGUAAGUUGGCACCGUGGCAGAGGUUGGACGCGUUGAAGACCUUUUUCUAUCCCUCCACGGUGCACCUACAGCGGAUGGGCACGUUUCCGAAGUCGGACUGGGUUCGGGUGGACAGGAUCCUCCGCCCCGAGAUCAAGGCCACGCUGUAUCUCCCUCAGGAGGCGUCGGGGGAGUAUAUUUAUGGUUCAACAAAGAGGGGCUGCUGCGGUAUCCGUAUUUUUGCGGAGGACGCCGACAUCGCAGCAGUCGACAGCGCAUUUAAGCUGUACACGUCCCCUGACCUGAGGGUGGCGUCGGACGCUGCUGUUCACGCCGAGGAGGUGACCAGGCGGAGGAUCUCGAAGGACCCGUCGAUCCACGAGGUUGCCUCAUACCUUUCCGGGGAAGACGAGGGCGUGUUCCGGGCGGCGAGAGGGUCCGGAGUGAGCAGCGUGUGGUCGAGGUCGCGUAAUGCCUCCAAGCGCCUUAAUGUCGAGUGGACAGUUGGAGAGGCCCCCUCGAUCACUCACGAGGGCACGGUGUUGGGUGCGAAGCACAGGAGGGCGGUGAUGAGGUCCAUUCGUGACACCUUACGGCUCAAACGAAGCGAUGCCUUGAUCGCUAAACCCGAUCAGGGCAGAGCCGUAGAGUGUGUCGCUGCCCAUGCUGCUUCCACCCACUUCUUGAGGGAUGGCGACUUCACGAGGUUCGCCGAUUGGCGUUUUGUCCACCGGGCAAGGCUGAACCUCGUGCCGUUGAAUGGCUCCUCGUCCUGGAGAGCAGGUGACCGCAGGUGUAGACGAUGUGGGUACAUAACAGAAAGCCUAUCCCACGUCGUCGAUCACUGUAUGCGGUAUACCGCGCUCUACUUGGCGAGGCACAAUGCCAUAGUUGCCCGAAUCAAGAAGGCGGCAUCCACCAAGUUUGAGGUCCUCUCCGAGAAUCAAGCUCUGGGUAACCAGGGCUUGAGACCGGAUUUAGUUCUGAAGAAGGGCCCAAACAUUUAUGUGGUGGAUGUAACCGUGCCGUUUGACAACCGUCUGGCUGCGUUUGAGGUAGCAGCAGCGGAGAAACGCGCGAAAUACGAAGAAGUUAGAGCUGAGUUAGCAACGCGGUACACAUGCGACGCGACGGUUGUCCCGUUCAUCGUGGGGGCUCUUGGAUCCUGGGACCCGGCCAAUGAUGCCAUCCUGAGAGUCCUGUGUAGCCGCUCUUAUGGGACUUUGAUGAGGAAAUUGUGUGUCAGCGACACCAUUUCCUCAUCACGUAAUAUAUAUAUUGAACACCUUACUGGUGUACGGCAAGUUUAG